AUGGCUGAACAAGACGACGUUGCGACCAAGGUCCUGCGGCGGGCACAGGUGUCAAAGAUGACCCGCACGCUGCAGAACCGCCUCGCCCUGGCCAAUGUCAAGAUCAAAAACGGGUGGGAGAGCCUCAGUCUGGAUGCCAUUGAACCGCGAGUUGAUGUGGAGCUCAAGCGUAAGCGCCCUGGCUCCAGCAACGAGGCCAUGUCCGACGUCUCCAGCGUUUCCGAGCGCUUCUACCAGCCCAGCGUCCUGGACUCGUCACCACUUGCCGCCCCCAUCUUCUCAGACGCUGUUCGACGGUCGGGCACCCGCUCGGCAAGCAGCCACAGCCACGACCAGAGCAGGCGGCUCCGACACAACCGCUCCCUAGACACAUAUCCGGCAUCCAGCAACCACACCCGCAAAAAAGCGAGGUCGCUGACAACCGCUUCGACCUCGUGGAAGAAUGACUUCAAGCUGCCCGAGUCCUCUCCUGCAUACCACCGCAGACACGCACGAUUCGGGCGCACACAUGUCCCCAGUCUGUCCUUUGUCUCCGAGACAUCCACCAUCCCCGACGACCCCCGCUCCCCCCUUUUGUCCGAGGACGACGACGAGGACCUGCCCAUCAGCUCCUUCCAGCUGACCCGUUCCCACGUCCGAUCAUCGCCGCCACGGGCGCCACAAACACCACCGCCCAAUGUCGCUCGCUCGGCUCGUCUUCGUCAGAGAGGCUUCACUGCGGCUGGUGCAGCCCGGGAAGGAAAGAUGGGCGACGAGGACGCAGGCUUGCUGGUGCAUCUGGAUGCAUCGCCAACACCAGUCCGAGCAGGCUCGGUAAGGACUCUGAUGCCGGCUCCUUCUACACCGCCUCCCUUGCCCUCGUCGAUGAUGUCCACACCUGGAGGUGGCGGGGCACCAUUCGCGGGCUUCGCUUUGGGCACACCUUCGAACAAUCUCAACUUCAACGAGUUCCUGAAUAUGUCACCAAGCCCUGCACAAAUCACCGGAUCAUGGAACCGCACCCCAAUCACAGGCAGGACUCCCGCUGCAGUCCGCGAGGCACGACGUCGCCUUAACUUUGACAAUUUCGCACCACCUACUGGCGAUGGCUCACAACAUAGCUCACGCAUCGGCAAGCAUGAUUGCCUCGGUAUGGAGUUGGGAGGUGAACUUAUUUCGUAA